AUGACAAAAAAAUUAAAGGCAAGUGCAGAACAUGAUUAUGCUUGUCUUGUAUGUUGGGAAACUUAUUCUGAAAGACUACCAGAAGAAAAUUGGGUCCAGUGUCAAGGUUGCAAUCAAUGGUCUCAUUCAAAAUGUGAUUCACAUUCUGCAGUGACAGCAAUCGUCAGCAUGGAACAAAAAAGAAAAAAAUUAUCUGGAAGUCAAUACAAAAAGAAACGCUUAAAGAAUGAGGAACAAGAAAGAAAGCUCAGCAAUGUUAUGAAGAAAUUCUUAGUACAAAAGUGCGGUUUAGAUAAGCCAUCCACAUCAGCAGCAACUGAUUUGGCAAAUAACAACACAGUGCCGCCCCAAUCAAUUCCAGAAAAAAUUGUUGAAGAGAUCCAAAAAAUAACAUCAUCAGAAGUUCAUCAAGAACCGGGCCGCAUUAGCAGUGGCAGUCAGCAGGCAUUAAAAGAAAUUCCUUCAGAUCCUGCAUUAUGGCUUACUUUCUGCAUGUCAUCUCAAACUCGUCAACUACUGGUUGAGAGGGGCCCCCAUCAAAUUAAAGAAUUCGAGUUUCCUAUUAAUAAAGGAAAGCGUAGAUUUUUGCCCUCGUAUUAUUCGAAAGUGUUGAGCAAUGGUGAAGUCGUUGAGAGAAGUUGGCUUAUUUACUCUAUUGCAAGUGAUGCCGUUUUUUGCUUUUGUUGUAUAUUAUUUGAUAAUUCGUCUGAUAUUAGUGACUGGCCCAAAAAAGGCUAUUCUGACUGGAAAAAUCUUAUAAGAGCCCUCACAAUGCACGAAAAGUCUGUAAAUCACAGAAAUGCUUUUAGAGCAUGGAAAGAAUUGGACAUUCGAUUGAAGCAGAAAAAAACUAUUGACGCUGAAUAUCAACGAAUUAUGGAUAUGGAACUUCAGCAUUGGAGAGGAGUUAUAAAAAGAAUUAUGUCAAUAAUUAAACUAUUGGCCUCACAGUGUUUAGCUUUUCGUGGAUCAACUGAACAUUUGUUUCAACCUAAUAACGGGAACUUCCUAAAGUUGGUAGAAUUACUUUCUGAGUUUGAUCCAGUUAUGGAAGAACAUAUCAGGAGAGUUCAACGAGAGUCUGAUAAAUGUGAUUCAACCGGAGAAGGUUUGGCAAAACUUAUUCUGACACAUUUGGAAAAAUUAGGUUUUGAGUUAAAGUGGCUUAGGGGACAAGGCUAUGACAACGGAGCCAAUAUGAAAGGAGUAAGAAAGGGUGUUCAAAAACUUUACACUUUUUUUUCUGGUUCUACAAAGCGUUGGGAAGUGCUAAAAAAAUAUGUUUCUCAAUUAACUCUGAAACCAUUAAGUGCUACUGGGUGGGCAAGCAGAAUAGAUGCUUUAAAACCUUUACGAUUUCAACUUUGCGAAAUCUAUGAUGCAUUGAUUCUGAUAAUAGAAGACGUCAAUAGAGAUGCAGAAACUAAAGUUAAAGCGAGAGGGUUAGCAAAAAAUAUUAAAAAUUACAAGUUUAUAUGUGGAGUAAUUCUUUGGCAUGAUAUUUUGUUUGAAAUUAAUUCAGUUUCGAAGCUUUUGCAAUCUGUUACUAUAAAUAUAUCAGAUUGUGUAAGGAUGCUAUCAGAAACCAUAAAAAAAGUGAAAAGUUAUAGACAAUCUGGAUAUAUUCAGAUAAAAAUUGCUGCAAAGGAGAUAGCAGAGAAUCUCGAAUGCAGUACAGAAUUUCCUGAUGACACUGAAGUUAGACCCAGAAGGAAAAAGCGUCAAUUUGACUAUGAAAAAGCUGUCGAUGAACCCUUAACAGAGGAGAAAAAAUUUAAAAUAAACUUUUUCAACUAUAUUCUGGACAUUACCCUUAAUUCUCUGAAUGAACGAUUCACGCUUCUGGAAACCCAUAGCAAAAAAUUUCAGUUCUUGUAUGACAUUUUAAAACUCAAGGAUAUAGAUGACAAAACGCUAGAAAGUUAA